AUGGAUGACGCGCCCUCCCUCUUGAAUGAACUUGAGAACGAGUUCUGCCCCCCUCUGGACCCCGCACUUUUCGUUGCGAUUGUCAGCGAUUAUGACCUUGAUGACCAGUCUGCUGUCCAACAGCUUCGAGAGACCUUGGACGCAUUAAAGAUAUCUGCAUAUGAACAAGAAGAUGCCCUCUUUGACCCGUCAGGAACCAGUGGAUUUGAUUUCCCGGAGGACGCAUCCGGCAUUGCAUCCGCGCAAAGCGAACCGCAGACCUUAAGUUCGCAUGAAACGAACACAACAAGUCUUGGAUCAAAUGUCUCCUCACUCGGUGCAGAAUCGAGCAACGAUUCUGGACGGAGGGCUCGCAGUAUAAAUAAUGAUUCAAAGCACUCGGGUGAUCCUACAACUGCCAUAAAGGGCUUGAAUAGAUCAAAUUCGGAAGACCAAGCGCAAUAUUUACAUGAGAUGUUUCCCUCAAUCGACCGGUAUACCGUUCUACACACGCUUGAUAAAUAUGGUGGGAACGUUGACAAGGCUAUGGACGUGCUUUUAAACUUGUCAUUUUUUGAGAACAGUCAGAAUUCCGGCGCCGACGAGGAUCAGAUUUCAGUUCCUAAAGGUAUCGCGGGGUUCGAGCGCCCCGUCGAUAAUGGCAAGUCUCGCAGGAAAAGCAAAAAGAAUAAGAACAAGCAGCAUUUACAACACUUGUCUGAAUCGGACCUCUCGCAGACAUCCCUUAGCGAUAGUAGUGGGGUUAAGCCUGAGAACAGAUGGGAUAACGGAAAGAAAGAUAUGGAAUUCAUUUGUUCGAGGACAACUUUGGCCAUGUCGGCUGUCAGCUCAGCAUACCAUUCAAAUCGCGCAUCACUCCCUGCAACUAUCCGUGCACUUACAAGGGAAGAAGCAAAGAAAUAUUCAGCGGAAGACAUAGAAGAUAGUGUGACUCAUACCCAAAUUGCUGAACUGCAAGAGGAAUUUUCAGCCAUCCCUCGCAAUGACCUCGUUGGUCUUCUAAAGCUGACAAGGAAUUGCAUAUCCGCUGCGAACGAGCUGGCAAGAAUGAUGAUAGUCGAACCCGUACCAAGCCUCAUACAGCCAGAAUACCGGCCAGCCGGUCCAUCUGGGUCACUCCAGGCUACCACUAACUCAAGUACAAACCGUCCAUCUACCAGAGCUAUAUCUGUCCCUGCAGCAACGGGCGCUAGACCAAACUACAACCCCGUCAUCAGCCGUGCUAUUGCAGACAGACAUCUCAUUGCAAGCCAACAGGCGUUUGAAAAAGCACACUCUGCCUAUCGCCGUGGGAAGUCGGACCGUCUUAUGGGCGGCGCAGCAGGGUACUACUCAUCCGUUGGGCGCGAGCAUUUCGAGAAAGCCAAGAAAGAAUCAGCCAUUGCUGCUGAUGCGCUUGUCUACAGCCAGUCAAGUAGCAAUGUUCUAGACCUCCAUGGGGUAAGCGUGCAGGACGCAGUGCGAAUCGCGAAAGAGGGGGUGGAAUCCUGGUGGGAAUCCCUGGGCGAUGAGAAGUACUCCAAUCGUUUGCGAUCAAAGCAUGGAGCGCGAAGCUACCGUGUUGUCACUGGGCUUGGCCGGCAUAGUAAGAAUGGUACUGCAAGGUUAGGCCCUGCCGUUGCGCGCUGUCUGGUGCGAGAAGGGUGGAAAGUUGAAGUUGAGCGGGGUGCGCUGGUAGUGACUGGCCAGGCUGGUUAUUAA